AUGUGGAUGGAAUACAAGCAGAACAUGGUCGCAUUGGAGUCCCUAUCGAUUCCUCGCUGGCUCGGCGUCAGCAACGACUGCACAGAAGUGCAGCUACACGGGUUCUGCGAUGCAUCGGAAGCUGCGUACGGAGCGUGCCUUUACUUACGUUGUACUGCGUCGGAUGGCACUGUCACUGUCCGGUUGAUCACCUCCAAAUCACGAGUGGCACCUUUGGAAAGCCUCCACAGGAAAAAGAAGAAGAUGAGUAUCCCCCGCCUCGAGCUGUCCUCGGCACUUUUGCUGAGUCACCUGUACGAGAAGUACAGCCAGAUCCACCCGAACCUUCCAGCGUACUUCUGGACAGACUCGAUGAUUGUCAAGUGCUGGCUGGCUUCGCUACCCUCACGGUGGCAAAUCUUCAUAGCAAACCGCGUGUCGGAGAUCCAGCAUCUCACCAAGGAUGGAGUUUGGAACCAUGUCCCGGGCACCGAGAACCCGGCAGAUCUUAUCUCCCGUGGAAUGUCGCCAGCACACCUUCAGUAUCAAAAACUUUGGUUCGAAGGCCCGCAGUGGUUGGCUCAAGACCAACAGUUUUGGCCAGACGCAGGUGAUCCCCCUAAUGCAGUAUUUGAUUCGGCCAUGCUGGAAGAACGACCAACACCUGCAUUUCCAGCUCAAGCAGUACCUCCAAGCGAAAUCUUCGGAGAACGUUCGUCGUUCAGGGAACUCGUUCGUAUCGUAGCACUGCUGCUUCGAUUUCGGCACAACUCGCAAAAAUGCAAUCGGCCGUCCAGGAAAACUGGUCCCUUGACGCUCGAGGAACAGGAACAGGCAACUAUCGCUCUAGUUCGCUUGUCCCAGCAGGAAUGCUACCCACAAGAGCUAAAAGAGCUAGCCAAAAGAGGAUCGGUUCACGACUCGUCCAAUAUCGCUGCGCUGCAUCCACAACUUUGUGACGGCGUGAUGCGCGUCGGCGGCCGGCUCUCUAAGGCAUCGAUAUCGUCCGAUCGCAAGCAUCCCUAUAUUCUACACCACAAGCACCCUUUCGCAACGAUGAUCGUACGGCACUUCCACUACAAGCUCUUUCACGCCGGUCAGCAGCUGCUGAUUUCGGCGGUCCGCGGAAAGUUCUGGCCAGUUCACAUCCACAGUUUGGCCAGGAAGGUGAUUCACGGAUGCAUCCCGUGCUUUCGCAGCAAGCCCAAGGUUUUGGACCAGUUGAUGGCUGAUCUUCCGUCAGCGAGAGUCAACCCUGCACCACCGUUCAUGAACGUCGGCGUGGACUACUGCGGUCCAUUCCAAGUCAACUACCCCAAUCGUCGAGCGAGUCCAGUGAAGUGCUACCAGCGCUGA